AAAUGGAUUAUAACGUUGAGCGGGUUCAAGUCCACCCUCCCGCCAAAUGCCAAACCUGGAACUCCAUCGUUUAGCCCACGUCCCUCUCUCCCAUGUCUUCCACCGGCCUUCCGCCGCUGCCGCCGCAUCCGCCUCCGCUUCCGCUUCCGCUAUCCGAACCGCCUCGUCCCCACGCGAAGCUCUCCUUCUCUUCAAGCUCCGUGUCCGACGCCGGCAAGGGCUUCACGACGACCCCUUCGAGACUCACGCCGCCGUCUUCGCGUUAAAGUCCUGCUUCCACGCCCCCCUCGCCGCCCUCCUCCCUCACCUCCACGCCUACCUCAUCAAGACCAACCUCUGUUCGCAUGUAUACGUCGCAUCCGCCCUCCUACACGCCUAUGCCCUCUCCUCCCCCGUCGGCGCCCGUGCCCUGUUCGACGAAAUCCCCCACCGAAACGUCGUCACCGAGAACACCAUGCUCGCCUGCCUCGCCCGCGGCGACGACCUCUCCGCCGCCCGCACCCUCUUCAACGCCAUGCCCGAGAAGGACAUCGCCACCUGGUCCACCAUGAUCGGUGCCUACAUGGAGAGAGGCCAACGCGCCAUCGGCCUCGCCCUCUUCCGUGACAUGAUGAGCGACGGGCGCCUGAAGCCCGACCCGCUAAUGCUCGUGACAUUGCUCUCCGGCUGCUCCAGCACUGGUUCGCUGCGGCUGAUGGGGAGGUCCAUCCACGCGUACGCCGAGAAGCAUGGGCUGGAAAUCAAUGUGCAUCUCGGGACGUCGCUCAUUGCUGUGUACGCCAAGUCGGGUUGCUUAAAGAGCGCGUUUCACGUGUUCGAGAGAAUACCCGAAAGGAACGUCAUGCACUGGACUGCGAUGAUUUGCGGAUUGGCUACGCACGGUCACGGCAACGACGCGGUUGCAUUCUUCGAUAAAAUGCGGGAAGCCGGUGUGCGGCCCAAUGAGAUCACCUUUACGGGGGUCCUCAAUGCGUGUUGCCAUGCCGGACUGAUAGAGGAGGGUCGAAGAUAUUAUGUGAGCAUGGUGGAGGAGUUCGGAUACGAGCCUGGGAUUCAUCACUACGGAUGCAUGGUUGAUCUUUUCGCCAAGGCCGGGAGGUUAGAGGAUGCGUAUAAGAUCAUCGAGAACAUGAGAGCCGAACCCAACAUCGUCAUCUGGACUUGCUUCUUGGCGGCCUGCAGGAAGCACAAGAACUUUGAGAUUGCUAAGAAGGGGUUAGAGAAGGUUUUGAGCAUGGCCGUGCCUGAUGAAGAUGGUGGAGUGUAUACUCUCAUAUCUGAUUUGUAUGCUCUGGGAGGCAAGUGGAACGAUGUGGAGCGAGUGAGAAGAUUGAUGGAUGAAAAGUUUGUGAAGAAGAGAAGAGGGUCUAGUUUCAUCGAGGUCAAGGAACGAAGAACCCUAGUUGCAACGAUGAAAUGAUUGUUUAUUCCUAGAUGAUGGGUAAGAAGAGCAUUAAUGGCUGCAGAAGUAGAUGAUGAUGAUGGCUGUAAAUGCCAGAAAAUUGUCUCACAAUUAUGCUCUUAAUUUACGGCAACAGAUGGCUUGAAAGGUUUCA